AUGUCGCGGUCCACUGUACAGGAUGCCAGCAUGGCUGAGACACAGUACCAAGUUGUGACCCCAGCCGCUCUUGCUGGAACCAUCAAGUACGCCAAACCGCAAGAUCUUCCCAGCUUUCCCUCACACGGCUUGCGACAAGACGGCGCUGCAGCAGGUGCCGCAGCGUCAUUAGGCUGGGCGAACCAGAAGCCCAUCAACCCGUGGCGACCUGACAAGUCGUCAUCCGCAUCCGCCGCUGCCGUUCUAGCCAAGGACUACAAAAUGGCGCCCCAGUGGGAACCAAACGCCAGCUCUGCUGGCGCCAAAGCCGCGCUCCUCGCAACGCAGUCCGCUGGCAAGUCGCAAAACUCAUCCAGCACACCACGACCUUCGUCCACCGCAGGUUGGGGCAACUCGGCCGCCGCUCAGGCCACUCAGGCCGCGCUCAACCAACGGCACUCAAAGGCGCCUCAGUCACCUUCCAAGGCAUCGUCUAAUAGCAACCCCGCAGCAGCACAGGCGGCUGCCGCCAUGAAGAUGCACACGCCAUCUAGUUCUAUUUCAUCCUCGCAAGCCGGCUGGGGCAAUUCCGCUGCCACUCAAGCAUUCAAGACCAGCCAAUCUGUGCGAAAGCCUCUCACAACACCUAGCUCCGACCAAGCCAACACCAACGAGCGAAAUGGUCUUGGAUCGUUGUCGGCUGCCCAGAGCGCCAUGCCUGCGAGACGGCGACCUCGAGCAGCCUCUACCCCCAACACUGACGCGCUCGAGGCCAAAGCAGCUGCCAGUGCUCUCAGUGCCGCAUCGGCAGCCCAUGGCCCGACAGUGCGCCCUCAGUCGUCCGUCGGCGCAGGUGGCGCAUCUGCCGUGACGUCCCUGCCUCGCAGCAUGUUCACGUCCAACCCGGCGUUCAGCAAGUCAGAGGAUGAAAAGCGAGCCGAUCUUCUUCACGCAUCAGCGGUGGCCAUGGCCAAGAAGAUGUACACGCAGCAUGAAAAAAUGGCUACCCAGACUCGGAGUAACCAAGACGCCGAGUCUGACGUCGCAAGCACCGAUGAUCAACCCAGACCAUACGUGAACCUUCAGGAGGCCGCUUACAAGAUGGCGCAAGAGAGACUUGCGAAGCUGGAGGCUGAGCACGGUCGCAGCAGAGAGUACCAAGAGUACUAUGGCAACAGCGGAAGCAUUCCAGGCCGCCGCAACACUCUUCAGCGACGCUUCACAUUGAAGCCCAAGCUACGAAGGCGUUCUUCAAGCGAGGGUGAUGGUGAUGAUCGCCAGCAGUCAGAGCGCAUUCGGCAGCAAAUGUCCAUUUUUUCAACAAACUUGUCGAAAGUUGACGAGCAGAAGCGAUCCAAGGACCGGGAAAUGCUCCUCGCAGCUGCACAGAGGAACGUCAAGGCGCGGCUGCAGGGUAUGGACGACAAGGUAUACGCUGAUACGGGCAAGUCCCGGCCACCGAAGAAGCUGAGUGAAUGGGAGCUCAAGGCGCACGAGGCGGCUCAACAGAUGCACACCUCGCGCAACAAGAACCAUGGCAAAGUCGACAUGGGUGGCGGCAUGUUUAUGAGCCCCGAGGACGUCGACGCCAUUGCCAUGAAGAAGGUCCAGCCUGUGCUCGACGAGAUCAACGAGAAGGCAGCCGUCGAGCGCGAGAAGCAGGAGGUGAUCCGACUGGAGGCUGAAGCCAAGAAAAAGGACGAAGAAAAGGCCAAGGAGCGGGACAGAGAAAUCAAGGCGAUCAACAAACAGAUCAGAGAUGAUGAGAAGCGCGAGGAGAAGGAGCGUCGCCAGCACGAGAAGGCCGAGCAAAAAGCGCAGAAGGACGCCGAGCAUGCCAUCAAGGCCGAGGAGAAACGUCAAGCCAAGGAAGAAAAGCGCAAGUCAAAGCUCACACAGAAGCAAGCUGAGAACCCCAGCGCUGCCCACGAUGCCACCAACGACACGGACAGCGACGAGAACGAGGACAUGGCGGAGGUUCACCCGCAGCCCAUGGUCGAUACAGACACUGCGAACCACUCCAAUGAGGCGCGCAGUCCCAAGGAAGCAGGGUCCCCGACGCACAAGGUCAAGUCGUGGCUCAAGUCACGAUUUACGCGACCGCGCGGCAAGUCAUCGGCUGAUGUCGAGGGCCAGCCCAAGGGUUUUGUCGGUGGCGCGGCCCUCCACAGGGGUCUCAACGACAGUACGACCAGCCUCGACAACCGUGCCAACAGCAUGCGCGACGUCGCACUGGCGGGUAAGGGACGUGGGCGAUCGGAGACAGCCACAACGCGAGAUUCGGAGCCCAUCAGCGUCGUGAGCUCCGACGAUGAAGGAUUUAAGGACGCGCGCGAUGAUCUUGAGCGUACCAUUACACCGCCGACAAAGAUUCGGGACCCUAAUGAGGAGGCGAACGGGAGUCCGACACGGGACUCGCGAUUUCGGGAGGUUCUGUAA